AUGUCUGGAAGAGGUAAGGGAGGUAAAGGGCUCGGGAAAGGAGGUGCAAAGCGUCACCGUAAAGUGUUGCGGGAUAACAUCCAGGGCAUCACUAAACCCGCCAUCCGUCGUCUCGCUCGCCGCGGCGGAGUCAAGCGUAUCUCCGGUCUGAUCUACGAGGAGACCCGCGGUGUGCUGAAAGUGUUCCUGGAGAACGUGAUCCGCGAUGCCGUGACCUACACAGAGCACGCCAAGAGAAAGACCGUCACCGCCAUGGACGUCGUGUACGCGCUGAAACGACAGGGACGCACUCUGUACGGCUUCGGAGGAUAAACACGUCCGAGUUAGCAGAAAACCACAAAGGCUCUUCUAAGAGCCACCCACAUUUUCAUAAAGAGUGCAUUUCACAACAUUUUGUUACCGAAUAAUUUUACAACGAUAUCUGAAUCCCAACCCGUUUAAAACAAUAUUAAGUUAUGAGACCAGUAAAGCAGUCGGCUAAUAAUUCGGAUGAUCGCUUUUGUUAAACUAGAUAGAAGUACUCGUCCUGUCCAAAGACUGUCCUCCGAGUAGUGAGGUCAAAAUAAACAUUUACUGCAAGCUCUAGAAAAAAAAGAAACUAUUAUGUUUCUUUCUUUUUAAGUUUGUGCUUCCAAACUUCAGAUCACUCGCACUCUAAGUAUUGUAAUUAUUGUAAAUGAAAUUAUCAGAUAUUAUGUUUGAUGUACACUGCUUGACUGAAACCUGGAUAAAACCAAAUGUAUAUAAAAAAUAUAUAAAAUAUACAGUGAUUAUCUCAAUGUUACUCAGAAAACUCAAUAAAUAGGUGUAUAUUUGUCAAAGAGAUAAAUCUAUGGAAUAAUUGUGAUAAUGAAUUACAAUUAUGUAAUUCACUUUGCAAAUUUAAGAAAAUGUAUAAAAACAUGGUGUUAAAUAAUGGCUCAUUAUCAAUACAUUUGUAUUAUUUAACAAAUUGAAGAAAUAAUUGGAAUGUGUAUUUCUGAAAUGAUGCAUGUUUGUAAUUAAAUAUGUACAUUUUGGUAAAUGUAUUAUGUAACUUAACUUGUAUUAUGAAAUCUAGUUAAAAAGGGUAAGCUUAAUAAGCAAGAUUUCUUUUCUUUUUUUUUUCAAUACAUUUUUGUUCAUUUAUUUAUCUUUUUGUUUCUAUGUGUUUGUCAAUCCCGUGGUAAAUAGGAUUUACACAAGCUUGGGUCUGGAUCCAGAAGAGAUGAUGCUGACCCUGAAACAACAAACACAACUCCCACAUUCUGCUUUAAGUGUGAAUGCAUCACAUCAUAACUGCUGUUAAUAGUGUUUGUCUGUUUGAUUACGUCUUUUACUGCCAUAUGCACAUAGAGUAAAACACCACUGAUAAGCUACAACUAAAUAUUGUAGAAACUUAAUUUUCUUUAAAGUUGCUUUGCAAUGAUUUGUAUCGUAAAAAGCGCUAUACAAAUAAACUUGAACUGAAUGUUUUGAAAAAUAUUUUCGGUACACAUGAUCUUUGAGGUGUUCAGUAUUAAUAUUAAUUAGCAAAUAUUCAGUUUAGUUGAGUGUGGU